AUGUCAGACGUUCUUUUCAUCGAGGCCGUGUACUGCUCGCUGUGCGACAGGUACUUCCCUAGCGACGAGGCGCGGGCGGAGCAUGUCCAGCACUCGAACAACCACCCGCAGUGCGUCGCAUGCAACCGUCGGUUUGCCAACAAGAACUCUCUGAGGAACCAUCUCGUUCUGUCUCGCCGUCACCACUACUGCUCAUCCUGCGACAGAGAGUUCCAGACUGCAGCUGGCCUGCGAGUGCACAUCGAAUAUUCAUCCGUCCACCGCGAUGACUCUGACGAUGAGGAGGACGAGGAACCCGGCGAGCCGGAAGGCUGGGAGGACCGCUACGGUCCCCUAUACUUCCCUGAUGAGAAUCGGCGGGCGGAGGAUGACUUUGAUCUUCCAUAUGACGAUGAGGUUCCCUACGAGGACGAAUACUGGGACGAGGAUGACGUGGCUGAGAUUGAGGACGAGAUCGAGCCCCAGCAACACUACAAUCCUCCCGUGAUGCGCAGAGAUCCCGACAAUCUCUCUACCGAUACCAUCAGAGACAUCCCCGUUGGUACGACGGCGAGUAGCACGGCGGACGAAUUCCAGCCUGAAGGGGUGUUGUUUAAUUGCCCACUCUGCCUGGAAGCUCCAAACGAGACCAGUGCAACUCGCUGUGGGCAUGUUUUCUGUACAUCAUGCAUUAGGCAGGCGCUUGACAUCAAACCAAGUUGUCCAGUGUGCCGCAAGGGCGCAGUGCACUUGCAGCUGCGCAAAAUUUACCUCUCUGCCAACUGA